AUGAGCCUGGCUCUGGUUCAGGCUCCCCAUCCCUCAGUCAUGGGCAGGAGGUGGGAGGCUUGCGGUUGCAAACCGAAGAUGCCCAUGCCUAGAGGUUGUCAGGCGAUGACCUGGCAACAAGACCAUUAUUCUAUUAUCGGCACUGACGACACCACUGCCACUCUUUGUCGGAAAAGGAACUUUGAAAUGGGCUUGGAGGUACGCCAUUCUGCCGGCUGGCCAUACAAAGCUGAUGUCUAUACAACUUGUGCUUUCAUCACACUAUCAUCCGAGACUGGACGGACACAAACGGACAUAAACGUACACACACACACACACAAACACGUUCGUUAA